CCUGUUCUGAGCUCCAGAAAGGGGGAUGAGCGUCCAGGACUUGGAAGACUGGGCCGUCCAGGGGACUGGCAUGUUUGUCCCAAACAGCCUGCAAAGGGAUGAAGAAAAUGGCAGAUCAGGCAGUGAGCUGGAGAGAACACAGGAUCUGGGAGCUCCUGAUCUCCCACCUCUACAUGCCAAGGCUCCUUGGGGAUCUCAGGAGCGGCUGUCUCCAUGCCACCUGCUCACGGUGCGGGUCAUCCGGAUGAAAAAUGUGCGGCAGGCCGAUGUCGUGAGCCAGACAGACUGCUUUGUGAGCCUCUGGCUGCCCACCGCCUCCAAGGACAGGCUGAGGACCAGGACCAUCUCCAAUUGCCCCAACCCCGAGUGGAACGAAAGCUUUGACUUCCAGAUCCAGAGCCAAGUGAAGAAUGUGCUAGAGUUGAGUGUGUGUGAUGAAGACACGCUGACGCCAGACGACCACCUCCUGACGGUCCUCUACGACCUCACCAAGCUGUGCUUCCGCAAGAAAACCCAUGUUAAGUUUCCACUCAACCCAGAGGGCAUGGAAGAGCUGGAAGUGGAGUUCCUGCUGGAGGACAGCCCUGAUCCACCCGAGACCCUCAUCACAAACGGCGUGCUGGUGUCCCGGCAAGUCUCCCGCCUGGAUAUUUAUGCUGAAUGUAGGAGGAGAAAGAAGUACGGGAAAAAGAAGGACCUCCUGGUGACCGUGAAGGAGUCCUUCGAGCACACCCAGCGCCUCUCGCACUGCGCCAACCCCGCCUGCUUCCACUACCCCCAGUACUUCCGGCCCCGCAUGCACGUGGAGCGGCCCAGGAGCUCCUGGAGCUGUGGGCUCUGCUGUGGCGUGGGCUGGAAGGAUCCCGUCUGCCAGCCCCUUGGCGGUCUCCGAGACAGGGAGGCCAGGACCCUGCCUGUGAGCGACAACUGUGAAUUGCACAUGAAGUCUGCGACCUGCUUCCCACCACUGGAUGUGCGGCUGGGCUUCAGCGUGUGCCAAGCUGAGCAGGAGUUUCUGCAGAAGCGAGAGGCGGUGGCGGCCCAGGCCCUGAAGCAGGUGCUGCAGCUGGAGGAGGACCUGCAGGCUGACGAGGUCCCGCGCAUUGCCAUCAUGGCCACGGGGGGUGGCACCCGCUCCAUGAGCGCCAUGUAUGGCCACCUGCUCGGGCUGCAGAAGCUCAACAUGAUCGACUGCGCCUGCUACAUCACCGGCCUGUCGGGGGCCACAUGGACUAUGGCCACCCUGUAUCGUGACCCCGACUGGUCCUCCAAAAACCUGGAGCGGGCGGUGAUGGAGGCGCGGAGGCACGUGGUCAAGGACAAGCUGCCAGCCCUGUUUCCGGAGCAGCUCGCUGUGUUCCAGGAAGAGCUUCGGCAGCGCAGCCAGGAGGGCUACAAGGUCACCCUCACGGAUUUCUGGGGCCUGCUCAUCGAGGCCUGUCUGGGGGACGAGAAAAAUGACUGCAAACUGUCAGAGCAGCGUGAGGCUCUGAGCCGCGGCCAGAACCCCCUACCCAUCUACCUCACCAUCAACGUCAAGGACGAUGUCAGCAACCAGGACUUCAGAGAAUGGUGCGAGUUCUCCCCCUAUGAGGUGGGGCUGCAGAAGUAUGGGGCCUACAUCCCCAGCGAGCUCUUCGGCUCCGAGUUCUUCAUGGGGCGGCUGAUGAAGAGGAUCCCGGAGUCCAGGAUGUGCUACAUGCUAGGCCUAUGGAGCAGCAUCUUCUCCCUAAACCUGCUGGAUGCCUGGAACCUGAGCCACACCUCGGAGGAGUUCUUCCACCGGUGGACACGGGAGCGAGUACACGACAUCGAGGAUGAGCCGCUCCUGCCUGAAAUCCCCAAAUGUGAUGCCGCCGUCCUGGACACCACAGUGGUGCUCCCGGCCACGUGGCUGUCCAACACUUUCCGCAGCAUACUCACCCGGCGGCCCUUCGUGUCUGAGUUCCACAACUUCCUGCUGGGGCUGCAGCUGCACAGCGACUACCUCCAGAACGGCCAAUUCUCCAUGUGGAAAGACACGGUGCUGGAUGGGUUCCCAAACCAGCUGACUGCGUCUGCAAACCACCUGUGCCUGUUGGACACAGCAUUCUUUGUCAACUCCAGCUACCCGCCCCUCCUCAGACCUGAGAGAAAGAUCGACCUCAUCAUCCACCUCAACUACUGCGCAGGCUCCCAGACAAAGCCCAUGAGGCAAACGUGUGAGUACUGCUCCAUGCAAAACAUCCCAUUCCCCAAGUACGAGCUGCAGGGCGAGGAGGACCACCUGAAGGAGUGCUACCUGAUGCAGGACCCCCAGGAGCCCGGCGCCCCCAUCGUCAUCUUCUUCCCACUCAUCAAUGACACCUUCCAACAGUACAAGGCCCCAGGUGUGGAGCGGAGCCCCGAGGAGCUGGAGCAGGGCCAGGUGGACAUCUACGGCCCCGAGACACCCUAUGCCACCAAGGAGCUGACAUACACAGAGGCCAACUUCGACAAGCUGGUGAAGCUCUGCGAGUACAACAUCCUGAACAACAAGGACAAGCUCCUUCAGGCCCUGCGCCUGGCCGUGGAGAAGAAGAAGCGGAUGAAGAGCCAGUGCCCGCCUUAAGCAUUCCCGGGGCCGCACGGAUCCUGUGUCUGUUGGUGGAGCAUGAGCCCAAAGGGC